AGAUGUAAACACAGCUGCUUGUUUGACGACUGUCAACCAUGUAACGUUGACCACAGUUCAAGCGGAAACAAAAAGUACCCGUACAAAUCGAGGCAAAUUCUUACAGUGGCUGCGUGUUCGCUGAGUUCUUUCUGUAAACAAUAAUGGCAGCUAACAAUACAUUCAAUUUAAGCGUUGACGAUGGCAUUCCGUUGGAUUUUUUGGCCGAAAUGCAUGUCGCCUUGGAUUGUUUACCGGUGGACGAAGCGCAGGCAGACCGCAUCAUAGCAGAAAAGCUACGGAAGAAACACGAUAUGGAGCGUGUGAGACAGUUUAACAAUGCUUGGAACACCGGACCAAUAGACUGUGAGGAAACAACUUCGAGACGCAUAGUCCCGCACAGUUCCAGCUCCCAACGAUCGCUAGAGCAGGUUCCCAUCCGAGAUCCACGUAUCAUUCCUCGAAGCACACAAUCAUUGCUUGAGAAUAGUGCCAACCAUCGCUCACCGUACAGCGGGAUCAUGCAAUUGCAACAAAAUGAAGAGCACCGGCAGCUUGAUGCAGUUAUUGAUGAAAGAGCUUUGGCGAGAAUGCGUUCAUUGAACACACAAGAUAAUAAUGAGGUACCCUUCGAAGAUGAGGAACAUUCCAGAGCAACUACCCGUAUGGCUUGUUCCGGGCAACAUUCCCUUGAUAAGGGACGGACACGUUCACGGGGCCGUCGGUCUCGGCGCCAAUCACGCAGCACAUCCAGAAGUCCAUCGCAUCGUCGGCGUAGAAAACACACACGUUCUAGGAGCCGCCACCGUAGCCCAUCCUACUCCCGAUCGCGAUCCAGUUCCCGCAGCUCGGAACAUUCCCAAGGGACGGUUGAUUCGCGUGGCAGAUCAUCCCGUAAAACAAAUGUAGAUCCAGCCACCAUGCUGCAAUCGGUGAUGGCAAUGACAAUGCAGAUGUUUAAUCAGGCUGGCACUUUCCUGAAUGGGCAGAGUGUUCCCAUGGCGUUGCCUAAUCGUGCGCCAUUGCCGCCGCAGGAUUCUCUACCUGCAAUGAUGAUGGAUGAUGUACCGCAAUUAACACCUUCUGCCUUUCGCAAUAUAUUCGCAAAUCAAACAUCUUGCACUCGUGCAACCCAGCCAGAGGAACGGGCAACUAUUGCCAGCGAUAUACCUACGGUAGUAAUUGAGGACGAGGAUCAACCAAAACAACCCAAGUACGAUGUGUCGACAGAGUUAUUCCUCGAAGGUAAAGUCACUUUCGCCGAUUUUCUUUCCAUGAAGCCUUCCACUAGAAGUGAUCAAAUUGCCACCGUCGAUUGUAAAGUUUCCAAGCGGAUCAAGGAAGCCAUUACGGUACUGGAACAGCAAGAUACAAACAAGCAAUCAGCACGCUUUCUAUACGUUCCACCUACCUUUUACGGCAGUGAAAACAAGGAUGAGGAACAACAAGACCGUUCUCCAUUGAUUUGGAACAAUCAGAACGUUUUGUUCGCUCUUACGUCUAAUGCGAAGGAGGCUAAAAAGUGCGAGCCAUUUCGAAAUGUAAACGCUAAACUAAAGGAACUCAUAGAAAGGCUGGGCCUUGACGAGGGAAUUGUUUCGCAGCAGCUUGAAAAGGUUAUGCGGGCUGCAGUUGUUGAGCAGAAUGCAAACAAUCGGUCCACGAAUGGUGCGAAUGCAUUAUCGGCAUCCUCUCGUAUUCAGGCCAUUACCACAGUGUCUCCUAAGCCCGGCACUGGCAAAGUACGCCAUCUUAUCGAUCGCACCGUACAGACGGACGGAUACGCCUGUUUGCAGUGUGUCGCACGGAACAACAAAACGUUCAUUUCCACCUUCGCACAAACAAUGCCCCCCGUCAUGCGCAAAGACUCAGAAGUGCAAACUGCCGGUCCCCCACUAUCCACCCCCAAUGUCAUCUCGCUGGACGGUUUGAAUGCGAGCCAAAUCGAAACGAUUGAUGCGAUCGUGCGCUUCAUCCGAGCCCGGCAACUAGCCGGUUCACUCGAAAGCGUACAGUAUGCCCUACGCAACGAUCGAGUCACUGCCCCCGGCAUGACUCCGGCGAUACAGCAAAAUGCCCAACGACUGCUUGCACAGAUGAAAACAGAUUUGCAGCGUUCCGAAACAUUCGCUGGUGACAGUGAUGCACACUAUGGGAACUUUCAUAUGCCACAUUCGUCAACGCAGUUUCCACAGCAGUAUGAAUCGCCAAGAGAUCCGCGUUUCCGACACCCAAGCAGCGGUUUAACUAGAACUUUCCGCACCACUACUACCACCAUGGCCGAGCAGAUUAUUCCGGCAGGCUUUGAAAACCAACCGACGAUGUCCAAGAAAAUGAAGAAAAAAAUGAAACUGCAACACCAACAACGUUGGUGAAAUGAUGGUCAAACGAUACACCAUCAUCAUGAUUCAAUAUUGCUUCCGCGUACGGUGCGCGCACCUUCCGUACUUUUGAUACCCUUGAAUGAAUUUCUUUAGGUUAAGUUUUUUUAUUACCCAUUUUAUCAAUUCAUUUCUAAUCUCAUAAUUUGUUUAUCACUGAAUUGUCUCCAUUGAAAUUUCUAACAAUAAACAUUUUAUUGCUCAAA